AUGAAGUGUUUAUCGUGGGCCAUGCUAUUGAGCAUGGUAUUUGCUCAAGCUGAGUUUUCAUACUUGACUCGAAUGGCAGACACGAUGAUCGCCAAGGGUGUUUCGCCUGACCGUGGAUACCAAGACGCAGUCCUCUACUUGGGGUUUGAGAAAGCCUAUGAGCUUUCUGGGGACGGCAAAUACCUCGACUGGUACAUUGGGCAAAUUGCCGGCCCAGUGGUACUUGAAGAUGGCACCAUCAAGGGUCUAAACACAUCCAAGUAUAUCCUUGAUGAGUAUCGAAUGGGACACAACUAUCUCUAUCUGUACAACGAGACUGGGCAUGAGAAGUACAAGAUUGCGGCAAACACUAUCAGAAGAAUGCUUGACAAAUACCCACGCACACCAUUGGGUGGCUUUUGGCAUCAGCAAUUCUUCCGGAACCAGAUGUGGUUAGACGGUAUUUACAUGGCAGACACGUUUUAUGCCAAGUGGACAAGUCUAUAUGACCGCGACAAUGAGACAGCUUGGAAUGACAUUCUACUCCAAUAUGAGCUCAUUCACGAACAUACCGGCAAUGAGACCACAGGUCUUCAUGUCCACGGCUGGGUUGACGGUACAGCUGCUUGGGCUAAUCCAAAAACAGGUCGGGCACCCAAUGUCUGGGGCCGUGCCCUCGGCUGGUACUUCAUGUCUCUUGUCGAAGUCUUGCAGUUUUUCCCGACCAGCCAUGCUGGCUAUGAUCAGCUCCUUGGAUAUCUUGAAUCUGUCGCCCUCGGACUCAAAGAGUCUCGAGACCCGGCUUCCGGUAGUUGGUGGCAGGUAAUGAACGAGCCUUAUCCUAGGCGCAAAGGCAACUUUAUCGAGAGCAGUGGCUCAUCUAUGUUUACGUGGGGCCUGUUAAAGGCUAUUGACCUAGGGUAUCUGGACCGCAGUGAAUAUCUUGACACAGCAAGAGACGCGUUCACAAGCAUUGUCUCCAAUUUCAUCGAAGCAGACGAAGAUGGUCCUAUUAUUCUCAACAGUACUGUGGCUGAGUGCGGACUACUCAGUUCGAACGUGACUUUUGCGUACUAUGUAGGCCAACCGACUCUUGAGAAUGGGCAGAAUGGCGUGGGGCCGUUCAUGCUUGCAGCUUAUGAAUGGGAGUCAUGGGCUAAGGAUGCAGAGGUAGAAACCGAAUGCGUGUAA